AUGUAUGUUCCCGUGCAAGAAGCCACGGACGAGUCACCUGCCAUUCAUAUAGUGGUCAAUGCUUCCCCGGUGGCUGGUGCGCAGCCCCCGCCGCAGCAUGCAUUAAUGCCCCCUGUAUCAAGUCAUCUGAGCGCAUGGUCGACGCUCCCGGCGGCAUCUUAUUGGGUGAUCAACACGAUAAAACGCGGCUAUACGCUCCAGUUCGCUCUCAGACCACCCCGCUUCGGCGGUGUGAUUAUGACAGAGGUAUCAGAACAGAGCACCCCGCUGCUACGGGCAGAAAUCUCCUCUCUCCUGGCCAAACAAGCAGUAGAGAUAGUGCCCGAGGAGCGGAGAAAUUCCGGGUUCUACAGCCGCUAUUUCCUAAAAACGAAAAAAAGGAAUGUGCCCCAUCUUAGACCUGAGCCUGACGAUUACUUCAUUGCAGUGGAUCUGAAGGAUGCGUACUUCCACAUCCAGAUAGCCCCACAUAACAGGCGCUUCCUGCGUUUUGCAUUGGAGGGUGUGGCAUACCAGUUCAAAGUGUUGGUGAGGAAGCUAACUCAUGGCACUGAGCUCAGAGGAAGGGUUGUGGAAACCGAAGCAUAUUUGGGUGGAGAGGACAAGGCGUCCCACUCAGCAGGGGGAAAACACAUGGAGAGAGAAACACCACCAUGUUCAGGAAGCCUUGGGACCAUCUACAUAUCAAUCACGAUCUACGGCAUCUACCUCUGCAUGAACGUUCUCCAGCCAAGGCAGGGGAAGGGCGCGGCGGUGCUCUUGCGCUCGCUGGAACCUCUGAGCGGUCCAGGACAUCAGUUAGGGCCUGCGAGCAGCCAAAAACACAAGGUGGGAGCCAAAAUCCUUAAGGAAAAAGAGCUCUGCAAUGACCCGUCCAAAUUGUGCCAAACUCUAGAUAUCCAGCGCAGCUUUGACCGCAGGCAUCUGGCCACUAACACAGAGGUGUGGCUGGAGAGGGACCCAGAUGAGAGACUGUUAGCACUGGUGUCAGUGCCCUGGAUCAGAGUUGAGUCUCAUGGCGAAUGGGCAACUAAACCGCUUCACUUCUACUUGAGAGGACACCCGUGUGUGAGCGUGCUGAACAGAGAUGCAGAGCGUCAGAUGCAUUCCUCCACUGAUCUUCAUAACAUUGAGAUGGAAAGGACAGUCUGAUCGUGAAAUGUUUAGUGAUGAAAUCACUCUUUAAAAGGAUAGUUUGCUAAAAAAAAAAAAAAAAAAGGGAAUCAUUUA